AUGAGCUGGCGCGUAAACUUGUUUAAAGUGUUAAGAACCAAAGUUAAAGAAUUUCUGCGCAAUACUUCGCUGCCAGGUCUGAAGUAUGUCUGGGAUAAUAGUUUGCCCCACUGGGUGCAGUUCUACUUUGGCGCAGUGUUUGUGCUCUCAAUGUUUGUGGCCAUUAAUCAGUCGCUGAAUGUGUUUAACAAAUGGCAAAGCACGCCCGUGAUAAUGGGCAAGAGUGCACGCCUGGAGCGUAUACAGAACUCACCCUUUCCGGCUAUAACCUUAUGCAAUAUGAACAAGGCCAAGUACUCCAAGGUGUCGGACAUAAAGACCGGCAGCUUGGACUAUGCCAUGCUGCAAAGGACUUGCUAUCAAAAAAUAGACUUCACUCAAUAUCAGAAUAUAAAGCCACGCUCCAAGAACGAUACAUUUGCUAACUUUAUGGUGAGCGUGUCGCCCAAGUGCGAGGAGAUGAUUAUCUGGUGUCAGUUUGGUCCAACACAACGUCCCUGCACGGAUAUAUUCCGUGAAUUCUUUGUGGACGAAGGACUCUGCUGUGUGUUCAAUCUAUUGCAUCCCUAUUAUCUCUACAAGCACGAUGCCUCAUAUGUGCGUGACUAUACCACAUCGAAGGGCAUUACGGAAAUUGCUGUGGACUGGAACCCCAUGACGGGUUAUCCCAAGUCUUUGCCAGCUGCUUAUUAUCCACGUCGCAGCAUUGGCGUGGGUGUCAGCAAUGGAUUGCAGCUCGUUUUAAAUGGCAAUAUAAGCGACUAUUAUUGCUCUUCGACGAAUGGACAAGGCUUUAAGGUGCUGUUGUACAACUCCAUAGAUCAGCCGCAUAUGAAGGAGUCGGGCUUGCCCAGCAUGCUGGGCCAUGAGACGAACUAUCGCAUUGUGCCGCGCAGUUAUUCGGCCAUAUCAAGUAUACGCUCCAUUGCGCGCAGCAAGCGGCAAUGCAUCUUCAGCGAUGAGCAAGAGCUGCUCUUCUAUCGCUACUAUACGCGACGCAAUUGUGAAGCCGAAUGCGAUGCACUCUACUUCCAUAGGCUUUGCAAUUGCAUACCGCAUCACUUGCCGCUGAUUUAUCGCAAUGCCAGCGUUUGCUUUGUCCAACACUUUGCGUGUCUGGCACGCGCUGAGGCGCAGCUGGUGGAUGGCGAUACCAAUGCCUGCAAGGAGCUCUGCUUGGCCAGCUGCCAUGAUGUUAGCAUUUUUCCAGAUCAAUUUGCCAUACCCUUUAGCCAGAGCGGUGUGGGGCUUAGGAACAAAAUAUUUCAAAACCUGUCCAUUGAUUAUAUACGCGAGAACAUGGCCGUGGUGAAUUUCUACUACGACAAUGACUUUAUCCAUGGCUAUGUAAGGUCAUCCUACACGGGUCCAACUGAAUAUAUGUCUCUAACUGGCGGCAUCAUGAGCUUGAUGUUUGGCUUCAGCGUUGUUUUCAUCGCUGAGCUCAUACAUAUCCUUAGGUAUGUCAUACAAUUUUUGUUUUGUUUUGUUUUUUUGCACAUAUAUCAACUACUACAUUAUAUAGAAUUUGUAUUUGUUUUUCUUUAUGUAUGUAGCUUACAAAUUUAAUACUCUCUAAAUGUUGCAUACCACAAUUUGUUGUAUGUCUCCUUUCUUUUGGGGGAGGGGAGUGGGGGUUUUCACUUUUCUUAGCUUGUGUUUUAAAAAAA